CAGAAAUUGUUGAUGUUUAUGUUAUUUAUUAAUUUCUUAAAUUUUAAGUUUAUAUCCUGAAAUGUUCAACACUUUGAUUUUCUAGUUAUUCUGUGAACUCUUGCAGGACUGCGUCUUAUGAGGAAAACAAAUCAUACAUUCUAUGGGCGUAGGAAAUCCUGCUUUCCUGACAGUAAAAUGUAUACAAAGACCUUCUUAAGUCACAGUCCUGACAGAAAACUCCCGAUUUCUCUACCUUUUGUUAAAAUAAAGCUUUUGAUAGUCACCGCAUGAUAAUCCUUGACGUACUGUUCAGCAAACUUGCCUUUGGGUAGCGUUGAGGGUUGACUUGUAGAAUUUCCCGAGUUAAGUGAAGUAAGCACACAGCGUUCUGUCACCAAGGAGACAGGUGACGGCAAGAGCAGCGUACGACGACGUUUGAACGGAUGUGUGUGUUUGACUAAACGGAGAGGAUAGACUGCAAACAACAAUGCCCAGGUCCGCUUAUUCUCCAGGAUCCAAACUCAACCCAGCUGACGACUACAGUAAGAUGAGGAGGAUCAUUGCCGAGGAUCCAAACUGGUCCCUGGCUAUAGUAGCCUCCUUAUCAAACCUCUGCCUGCAGAGCAUCGUGAAAAACUUUGAGAAAAAGCCCACAUUUGAAGAUCUCACAGCCAUCCAGAAAGACUUCGUGCAGGAGAGGCUGUCUACUUCCCUGCCACUGCGAGUGACAGCCAACCUGAUCAGCGAUGGUGUCUACUGGAAGCGAUGCUGCGAGCAGCGGUGGGACCUUUGUGACGUCUCUCAUUAUGGCCACAGCUGGAAACGACAGUUCUUUGAGAGACAUUUGGAGAAUAUUAUUGAGCUUUUUAUCCCAGAUGUUACUGAGACAAAGACAGUUCUCGCGAUGGUGCCUCUUUGCAGGAACUAUGUCAAGAGGCUGGACAUCUCCCAACUCCUGCCGCCUGUCAAGGAGCCCCAGGAGGAGGAAGUGGAAUAUGGCUCAGAGUUGACAAUUGACAAUGAGUAUGAUGGCCCGUCUAUGGACCACUUUGACUUUAACAUCCUGCUCAACAAGCUGACCAACCUGGAGGAGCUCCAUUUGGUGUACAGGGUCAAACAAUGUGGUAUGAACUUUGAAUGGAAGAUGUUUGAGAUGACCAACAGAGAUUGUGAGUCCCUCGCUAGGGCCCUGAAGUCCUGUAAGACUCUAAAGCUUCUAAGGCUCCAUCAAAGCCACAUUGAAGACCAACAGUGCAGGGUGCUGGUGAAACACCUUUUGGACCACCCAUCCCUGAGGGAACUCAACUUUUCUCACAACCUGAUCGGAGACAAAGGAGCCAGAGCCAUUGGCAAACUGCUCAACAGGAGUAAACUGGAGAUCCUGAACAUUAGCGACAACAACAUCACAGGCCUGGGAGCCAAAGCUAUAGCAAAUGCCCUGUCCAAGAACUCCACCCUUUUGUCACUCAACCUGCGACUCAACCGUCUGCGAGAUGAAGGAGGUGAGGCGAUUGGCAAGGCCUUGCUGAGCAACAAUGUCCUGCGUCACCUGCACUUGGGAGCCAAUGAUGUGACGACACCUACUGCUAUAGCACUGUCUAAAGUGCUGUUUCAGAAUAUCACCCUGAGGAGCAUCAAUCUUUCCUGCAACAACCUGGGUGCGGAUGGAGGUAAAGCUCUGGAGGAGGCGAUGUCUCACAACAGCAGCAUUACAGAAUGUGACAUCCAUCUGACAGAGGUUGAUGAGAAGCACGUUGCCUUUAUAAACCAGGUGGUUUGGAACAACCAGAAAGCAAAAGAGCAAAAGAGACCUGCUCAAGAAAGUAAAACCAAGACCUGCUCUACUCUGCAAUAAGCUCCUGGACAUGCAGGUGAAUGACUCGCUAGUCAGCUGGAUCGGGGACUACCUCACGGGGCGGCCACAGUAUGUGAGAUUGCAGAGAGCCAUCUCAGACACCGUACUGAGCAGCACGGGGGCUCCUCAGGGGACAGUUCUCUUGCCCUAUCUGUUCACACUGUACACCUCGGACUUCAGGUACAGCUCACAAUCCUGCCAUCUGCAGAAGUUUUCGGACGACUCUGCCAUUGUGGGCUGUAUCUCAGGGGAUCAGGAAGCUGAAUACCGAGGCGUGGUGGACAGCUUUGUAGAAUGGUGUGGACAGAACCACCUGCAGCUCAACAUGGGGAAAACCAAAGAGCUGCGGGUGGACUUUAGGAAGAAGAGUAACCCUCCAAACCCUAUCAACAUCAAGGGUACUGAUGUGGAUAUAGUGGACUGUUACAAGUAUCUGGGGGUCCAUAUUGACAAUAAACUAGACUGGACAGCCAACAUCAAUGCCCUCCACAAGAAAGGUCAGAGUCGCCUCUUUCUCCUGAGGAGACACAGGUCUUUUAACGUAUGCAGGACCAUGUUGCAGAUGUUCUACCACUCAGUUGUCUCCAGCGUCAUCUUCUACGCUGUGGUGUGCUGGGGCAGCAGGGCUAAGACAGCCGAUGCCAACAGGCUGGAUAAGCUCAUCAGGAGAGCUGGCUCUGUCCUGGGAGUUGAACUGCAGUCUCUGGCAGAGGUGUCUGAGCAGAGGAUGCUGAGGGAACUGAUCAACAUCCUGGACAAUACAUCGCACCCCCUGCAUGCAACACUGGACUCCUACUGCAGCACCUUCAGUCACAGACUGAGAGCACCGAGGUGCUCCACAGAACGCCACAGGAGAUCCUUUCUCCCUGUGGCCAUCAAACUUUUUAACUCUUCCCCCUUCUCCAUAUAGGACAAUGAUUAUAUCCCUGCACGUCCACCAACACUUUACGCUGCUGAUUCGCACCUUAUCUGCUAUUACAUGUCAAUAGCUCAUGUAUCUAUAUUUUUUAUAGUUGCAAUUUACUUUUAUUUCAUUGUAUUUUUUAUAUUAUAUUUUUUAUUUCUAUUUGAUUUGAUUUAUACUGUUUCCUUGUACUGCAACCCUGGCACAGCAAUUUCCUUCGGGAUUAAUAAAGUCCUUAUCUUAUCUUAUCUCAGAUUGUGGAUUUGGUGAUCUCAUAUCAUGGUUAAACAUGAUGGUCUAAUAUAUAUAGUAUACAGGGCUAUCCAAAAAGCCUUAUUUAUUGGAUUAGGUUUGAGUGAAUUAAAGGGGCUGUUUGGCCUUGGUAGAGGUAUGUGCUCUGCUGAGUGCUAUUCUGAGGGUGUUGAUUGCACCAAAAAUAAUCACUGCAUGAAUGCAAUACUCUUAAUAUCCACAUGAAAUGGCCCGCGCACACUGAGAUGUGUGAGCCAGCAUCCUGCUUUAAUGUUUUUAAGGGCCAUUCCUGGUGUCACUUAGGGCCAUUUUAAACCUUUCCAAGUUGUGUUUUGAGCGUUCAUUUUACAAUUUCAACAAUGUACUUAGUACGUAAGAUGAAACUGGACUGUGAAAUUACCAAUUAACCUAUACAGAAUAAUUAAGUAGUGUAGAUCUUUUUAAAUAUAUGACUGGCCUUGGACACAGGGAUGAGCAGACAAAGGAUCAAAGUCUGGUAUAUUAUGAGAUACGAAUAAAUAUUUUUAUUUGUAAGUUUAGUCAUAUUAACACAUAUAACACAACAGACAGCUUCCUUCCAUAAUGUAGCCUAUAAUGACAUGACAAGAAAAUAUUUUCUUCUUUCUGUAAAUAAAUAAAUGAUAAAAAGUCAUCGAAAUACAUACGUUUAUAGAAAUGCACACAUGAUUUAUUUUCUUUUGAACUAGCUUUUUAAUUUUUAUUCUUCUAUUUUCACUGUUGUUAUAUCUGAUUAUAGUUAUUUUCUAUGUGGGAGGAAAUUUCACGAGGUAAAGCUACGCAACAUGGCGAGUCUUGUUAAAUACUGAGCUUCAGUGUGGCCCAGAUGUUUCUCACAGUGGAUGUUUUGACUUGUCAGAUUCGAUUUGGAUGUGGCUUAGUGACACACCUAGAUGGUGAAAAAGAGGGAAAUUGGGCGUUUGGUCAUCGCUGCUGGCGACGAUGCCCAAAUCGAAUCUGACAAAACGUCCACUGUGAGAAACAACAUUUUUUUUAACUUUACAAAUGUAAAAUCGGUGAACCGAAGCAACUCGGAGGAAACCGUACUGAAUGCUGCAAGCUUUGACA